UGAGUGAUCGACGAUCACAUAGCUUAGAUUUUGGGUGGCUCAAUCAACCUUUGCUCAGACAUGGCAAGUGGAAGUGGAUCCAUAAGCACCUCCUCAAAAUCAAAGAAAUCAAAAGAAGAUAUUGGGUGGAAAUACCACAAAUUAGUAGACCUUAAUAAUACAAGUCGCGUGAUGUGUAACUUUUGCAAUAAAGUUACAAUUGGUGGGAUAACUAGAGCAAAGCGACAUCAAAUAGGGAUUAAGGGAGAUGUGGCAGCUUGUCCUGGUUGCCCACAAAUGGUUAGGGAUGAAUUAUUUGCAAACCUUCAAAAGAAAAAUUUAAAGAAGGAUAUGAUGUCUAGUGGCAAUAGUUUUGAUGAUGAAUUUGGUUUUGGUGAUGAUGAAAAGGAAGUUGAAUUACGAGAAUUGCCAAGAGGAUUUGUUGGUUCUACUUUAUCCAUUGGAGGGUCUAAGAACAAGAAGGCUAAGACAACCGGAGGAGCUAAAGGGCCGAUGGACUUAUUUAUGUAUCAAAAGCCAAAAGUUGUUCUUGAAAAGAGAAAGUUGAAAAAUGACAAGGAGCACACAGAGAAGCUGUUGGAAUACCAUAAGAGUCAGUGGAUAAGAUAUGAGGUUACUCGUAUGUCUGAUAGUUGGACAGAUAGGAAACAAAGGAGCAUCAUUAAUUUCUUGGUCAAUUCUCCUGUUGGUACAAUGUUUAUUAAGUCCAUUGAUGCUUCCUCUUUUGUAAAAAUUGGAGAAAAAUUGUUUGAGUUGAUUGAUGGUGUAGUGGAAGAGAUUGAAGCAAAAAAUGUUAUUCAACUUGUUACAGAUGAUGGAAGCAAUUAUGUUGUAGCCGGUAAAUUAUUGGAGGAAAAGAGAAAGCAUAUAUUUUGGACUCCAUGUGUUGCAUAUUGCAUUGAUUUUAUGCUAGAAGAUAUUGGAAAAAUUUCAAAAGUGAAGCGAACAAUACAAAGAGCAAUGAGUCUUGUUGGAUUCAUCUACAACCACUCAAGUACCCUAAAUUUGAUGAGGCAAUUCACUAAUAACAUUGAGUUGGUUAGACACAGGGUGACAAGGUUUGCUACCACAUUUCUUUCAUUACAAAGUGUGUAUAAGCACAAAACUAAUAUUAGAAAAAUGUUUAUGUCUGAUGAUUGGGUGAACUCUAAGUUGGCUAAAGACUUCAAAGGAGUAAAAGCAAUGCAUGCUGUGAUGGCUGCUACAUUUCAGAAUGGUGUAUUGUAUGCUCUUAAAGUUAUAGGCCCCCUUGUUAGUAUUUUGCGACUUGUUGAUAGUGAAAAGAAACUGGCUAUGCCUUAUAUUUAUGAGGUAAUGGGCAAAGCAAAUGAUGGCAUCAAGAGAUCACUAAAUGAGGAUGCAAGCAAAUACAAUGAAGUUCUUGAUAUCAUUGAUAGAAGAUGGGAAUGCCAACUUUAUCGCCCUUUGCAUGCAACAGUUUAUUACUUAAACCCGGCAACCGUUUAUGGCACUCCAAACAUGGAUUAGACUUGAGACUUACGGAUGGAUUGAUGGAAUGUGUUAACAAGAUGGAAUCUGAUAUGGAGAUGCUACUCAAAAUAUAUGAGGAGGUGGCAAUUUAUAAUAGAGGUCAAGGCCGUUU